ACUCACUCACUCACCUCGUGCACGCUGAAAACAAUCUCCAGCAGUGUUUCGUCCGAAUCAUGAAGACACUGAAAUAGAGUUCACAAUAGAAUUACACAUUAGAACACGUAGAUUAGGCACUUAAAUACAACAAUAUUUUUUUAUACGGGGAAUUGCACGUUAAAAUCUCACGGAAUUUGUGAACGUUUACUUACGCUGCUGCUGCUCGAGCUCGUUAAAAUCUUUUUGGACUCCGCUGCUGAAAAGAAGAGAAGAGAUUGAGCCUAAACACACUGAACCGGAGAGGGGUGGUGAACUUUAACCUUUACGACACGAGCAACUCUAGGCAUGGCGGUCCUGACUGACAGUCUGUGAUUACAGUUGAAAAUCCGGAGGUGUCGCUCUAGAGGUCAAACUGCGGGGCGCACGGAGCCUCGUCCUGGUGUGAUCUACUUAUUGAUCUCUACCAGCUUUUGAUUGAUCCUCAUCCCCGUAUCAGUGUAUUGAAGAAUGCAGUUAGAAAGCAUCCUCCCUGGCGCAUCUGUAAACUUACCCAAGACCUUCUACAACCUGUCGACGUCCUCCGAGAGCACCAACAACAGCCCGGGGUCAACGCAAAUCGAUUUUCAGGACAUGGACCGGACAGAUUCCGAGCAGAGCUCCGGUGCCAAGAAGUUCUUGAGUGGCGGGAACACGCUGAUGGACGAGGCGGACACCGAGAGCUUCACCGGGACUAAAGCAACAGCGGCAGCGCCGGACGCGCGGAAACCUUCUCCGGUAAUCGGUGGAGAUGACGAGCUGUCCAGCGCGCGCCGCUACAACAUCGACGAACUGGGCACUGAUCGUUAUUUCAUAUCAUCUUCCCAACCGAGCUCCGACGUGACCAACCCGUGCUCUCUCUUCCCGUACGGGGGUCAGACCGGCUCGGUGUACAGUGGCUCGAACGGGUCCAGGUAUUCGUCGUCUCUGCAUUACGGCUCGGUUCUUCCACCCGCCGGGUUCUCAUCCGCCGUGUGCGCCAGUCGGAGUCAGUUUGGAAGCGGCUAUCAGUUCGGACAGGGUCCCGGGUGCCUGUACCCGUCCUAUCCCGGACCGGGCUCCAGUUUGAGCUCGAUGCCCAUCCCGGGUUCGGGCUCCGCGACCAGGGCGCAGGUUUACCUGUGUAACAGACCGCUGUGGCUCAAAUUUCACCGCCAUCAGACGGAGAUGAUCAUCACCAAACAGGGCAGGCGAAUGUUCCCAUUUCUAAGUUUUAACAUCACUGGACUGAACCUGACGGCGCAUUAUAAUGUGUUUGUGGAGAUUGUUCUGGCCGAUCCGAACCACUGGAGAUUUCAGGGCGGGAAAUGGGUCACCUGCGGGAAAGCGGACAACAACAUGCAAGGAAACAAGGUUUAUGUUCACCCUGAAUCACCAAACACUGGGGCACACUGGAUGAGACAAGAAAUAUCAUUCGGGAAACUGAAGCUAACCAACAACAAGGGUGCGAAUAACAAUAAUACUCAGAUGAUCGUCCUCCAGUCCCUGCAUAAAUACCAGCCUCGACUGCACAUCGUGGAGGUGACGGAGGACGGGGUGGAGGACAUGAGCAGCGAAGCCAAAACACAAACCUUCACUUUCCCUGAAAACCAGUUCAUCGCUGUAACGGCUUACCAGAACACCGACAUCACACAGCUUAAGAUCGACCACAACCCCUUCGCAAAAGGCUUCAGGGACAAUUAUGAUUCGAUGUACACGGCUCCAGAGAGUGACAGACUGACGCCCUCUCCUACUGAUUCUCCACGGUCGCACCAGAUUGUCCCCGGCGCCCGCUAUGCAAUGCAGCCCUUCUUCCAAGACCAGUUUGUAAACAACCUGCCACAAAACCACCGCUUCUACGGCAGCGAGCGCGCCGUGCCGCAAACCAACGGCCUGCUUUCUCCUCAGAGCGAGGACUCGGCCUCCGGCGCGGCUUCGGCUCAGCGCUGGUUCGUGGGGCCCGUCCAACAGAGCGGCGCAUCCACCAAACUAGACCUGUCCUACGAUAGCGAGUACUCGGCGUCCAGUCUCCUGCCGUACGGCAUUAAACCGCUUCCGCUGCAGAGUCCUCACGCGCUCGGCUACUACCCCGACUCCGCCUUCGCGUCGAUGGCGGCCGGUUGGAGCAGCAGGAGUUCGUAUCAGAGGAAGAUGACCACCGGCUUGCCCUGGUCACCCCGACCGAGUCCUCCGGCCUACUCCGACGACCUGUUAACCUCUAAAGACAAGCUUCAUGACGAGGGCUCCACCUCGGCCCCGACCGCCGGCACCACCGCCCCCUGGAUGGAGGCCCCGCCGGUGCUGAAAGUCGUCGACUCGGGCGACUCCAGCGGGUACGCCAUGGCGUGUAAGAGGAGGCGCGUUUCGCCCGGCGGCUCCAGUACGGACGCUUCGCCCACUAUAAAGUGUGAGGACUUGAGCUCGGAGGAGUACAACAAAGAGAGCCAUAAAGCCAUGGGUUAUUACGCCUUCUACACAAGCCCUUAAGAACUGCUUUCCAGAUCGUUUAUGAAUUCUCUCUUCAUCUCUUAUUUUGUUUGAAGUGUUCUACCAUGUUGUGUUUUUAAUAUUUUAAUCUGCAAGUGCCAAAGCUUUCGUGCCGCCCCGGUUGUGCUUGUUAAUUUGUGAAAUACAAACGCUUCUUUUUUGGGGUUUUUUACUUUGUAUUCUUUUUAAAGCAUGCCCUUUUUAAUCUUAUUUUUAUAAAAAGCCCAUAAUGUGUUUGUUUUUUUUCUUCUUCUUCUUUUUCCCCCCCUUUUAUUUAAGAUCUCUCUGUUGUACAGUAUUUGUGCACUUUAGAUUGUGAUGUAUCUUGUACAAAUGUUCUCAUGGCACUGUUAUGAAAGGUGAAAUAAAAUGUGCUUUUCAUA